AAAAUGAUCAACAGCACACAAGAAGUCCUUCCACCUGGAAUUAAUGAAUCAUUAUUCAAUGCAACCAAGGACAACCAAUGUUAUUCUGCUGAAUUUUGGGAUUGGUUCAACAUAAUCCAGACUCCAUUCCUCUGGAUCAUCUUUGUGUUGAUCAUAGUCGAAAACAUAUUUGUUCUCAGUGUCUUCUGUUUGCACAAAAGUAGUUGCACAGUGCCUGAAAUUUACCUGGGAAACUUGGCUGCUGCUGACCUCAUUUUAGGUUUUGGCCUCCCUUUCUGGGCCAUUACCAUUGCCAACAACUAUCACUGGCCCUUUGGGGAGGUGCUCUGUAAAGUGGUGAACUCCUUUAUGUACAUGAACCUGUAUUGCAGCAUUUUUUUCUUGAUUUUGGUCAGCAUUGAUCGAUACUUAGCUCUGGUGAAAACAAUGUCUAUGGGCCGAAUGCGAAGGACCCGCUAUGCCAAAUGCUACAGUUUUAUCAUAUGGUUUUUCGCAAUGAUAGUGAGCUCCCCUGUGGUGGUUUUCCGUACCCUAAUGAAUUAUGAUGACGAGGGCCACAAUGUCACUGUUUGUCGUUUCUCCUAUCCAACACACAACUGGGCAGUCUUAACCAAUAUUCUCCUGAACAUUGUAGGUUUUCUGCUGCCCCUCUGCAUCAUCUCUUUCUGCUCUUUGAAAAUCAUCCGUGUUCUACAGAACAAUGAAAUGCAGAGAUUCAAGGAGAUCCAGACAGAAAAGAGGGCUGCCAUCCUUGUCCAGGUGGUCUUUCUACUCUUUGUCAUCUGCUGGCUCCCUUUCCAGGUCAGCACAUUGAUGGAUACCCUCUACCAGCUAAAGAUUAUCUCAGGCUGUCAGACUGAAAUUAUUAUUGAUGUGCUUACACAGAUAGGAACAUAUACUGGUUAUAGCAAUAGCUUCCUGAACCCUCUGGUGUAUGUUUUUGUGGGGAAAAGGUUCCAGAAGAAAUCCAAGGAGGUCUACAAGGAAUGGUUCAAGAUUAGGUGGUGCCAAUCAAAUUCAAUCCAAACAGAAAAUUCAAUGAGCACUUUGAAGACCUCCAUAUCAGCGGACUGGCAGAUAAACAAACUGCAUAGGCAUCUGGAGACUAGUCAGUAA